AAUUUACCAUUCGCACAUUAAAAUGCUUGAUGCACAUUUAUAGCAUUAAACCUUUCUAAGAUAGAUAUCAAUUUGUAAUGAUAGUAGGAAUACUACCGAUCACGGACAAAUCUUGGAUAUUUAUUAUUAUUUAAGUCAGUGCCGUGCGAAGGCUAUUAGAAGCUUAGGGCAAAAAUAAUUUAUUUUAUAUCAAAUAUGCGUAUUAAUUUUUUUUUUGAUGAAAAAUAUUAAUUUUUUUUAAUACGAACCAAAAAAUAAAUUGUUUUUUUAUCUUAUAUUUUAAAAUUAUUUUUUUAAAAAAAUAAUCUUAUGAAAAUUAAUGGCAAAAGUUAUAUUUUGGUUACAACUGAAAAUUGUAUAUACAAACUCAAAUUAUAUGUAUGAAAAUGUUUUCGACAUUCAAAAUAAAAAAAAUAUACAAUGAAAUUAAUAUUCACAACAACUAAGCAGAAAUGGUCAUAUUAUUAAAAAGUAUUAAGAGAUAAUUAUAAUUUUUUAUCAUAUUAUCAUAUAUUGAUUAUAUGAUUUAUGAAUAUGGAAGCUCCAAAAUAUACUAAUGUGAGAGGGGGCCUAGGGCCAAUGCCCCAAAAUUGAUAAGGUGAGCACGACUCUGAUUUAAGUAAUCUUUAGACGAUAUUUCGAAGUCCCUAAUUCAAGAUUAUGAGUAGUUUCAACAUCUUAAUUUGCGUUUUGCGUUGGCGUUGAUAAGGCAGUAGCGACACAUCACUAGUUAAUGAUCGAUACGAAUCCUAUCAUUAAUUAAAUACAGUAUAAAAUUCUGAAGAUAGUUUUUAAAAACAAAUUAAGAUUCACUUGUGUAAUAUUUUCUCGUGUACAACUGAUUCUGUCACAUGCAAUAUGACAUCAGAAUCAGUGGUUUAUUUACUUCUUAAGUCAGAACAGAAACGUAUGUUCUGAAAAUUUCAAAAGAAAAUAAAUACCGGGAAGAUGUAAAAAAAAAAAAAAAUACCGGGAAAAGAAAAUAACAGCUCUUAUUUUGGGAGGUUAUAAACAGCUUUUAUAUCAAAACAAUACUAAAAGCUCGAUACGCAGCCUCGCGAGCGUGUCCACGUAAGAAAAAAAAUCAGCCAAUGAGAUUAAAUUAUUUGGCCAUGUAAUCAGAAUUAUUUGGGCUCUGAAUUUGUCACAUAAUAUUUGCAAUAAAAAAUAACCCAUUGAGGCCCAAUAUCAAACCCUAGAUCAUUACACGAGUCCUUCUUACUUUUCAUCUUCCUUCUUCCUCUAGAUUUUCAUCGAUUGAACGACGUUUUGGCUCACCAUCUCCACUGCAACCAAACUGUAGAGUAAUCAAUUGUCCGUUUUGGUUUGAUUGAUGGCUUCCUCUCCAUUUAUUUAUAAAUCUCUUCUUUCAUGUUUUUUUUCAAUCAAAACUCUCUCAAUUUGUUCUCGCGAUGAAGUCGAACGGGAAAGCCAUAGUCUCCGACGAUCCUAUUGUGAAGAAACCAAACGGCAAGGAUGUUGUCUCCUCCACCGUUCUGGAUCAACCAACCGGUAAAAAGGCCGUCUCCUCCGCCAAGGUCCAUAAGGUUAUGCCCGCUGUCUCCUCCGCUGUACCGAUCCAACCAAGCGGAUCAACCGCCGUCUCCUCCGUCAAGGUUGAUAAGGUUCGCUCCUCCGCCAAGGUUGAUAAGGUGUUGUUUUUUAGAGACGUCUCAUUUGGCAUACAAGAAGGGGAGUUAAGGUUUCGGCUCAUCCAUUUCUGGGAGGCUCGAAAUGUGCUUACAAAAACACUUAUUGGUCUAGAGAUGCUCCUCAUUGAUGAACAGAGAACUGUUAUCCAAGGUUUCAUCCCAUCAGCAAGGAUUGAUACCUACUUGCCACACAUGAAAGCAGGAUCUGUCUACAGACUGAAUAAGUGUUUCGGAUCAAACAGCAAAGUCAUGUACCGGGUUGCUGAGCCUAGGGUAGUCAUCAGUUUCACUUCGAACUCUGUUCUCUCUGAUCUUGAGGACAGUCGGGUUAAUUUCCCUGAUGAUCGGUUCCGUUUCCAUAGUUACGAAGAGUUUGAGGCAGCAUGUGACCUCAAAGGUGAUCUUUACGAUUAUGUUGGGCACUUGAAACUGGUGAAUGGGCAGACACUGAAUGACAGUGUGGUGCUUGACGAAGAGGAAAUAGCUUCGACCCGGCGGGUUUUGCUCCAUGUUCAAACUCAUGAUGGACCAGUGAUGAAGCUCUACCUAUGGGACCAGGCUGCAGCAGACUUUUGUGCCAAAUUCAAGUCACAUGGAAGCACUCCAAGGGUUAUUUUAGUAACCACUGUCAACCCAAAACGUUUUGGAGGUGCUCUUGCUCUUGCUUCAAUGUCAUCCUCUCGGGUGUUUUUGGACUUUGAUGUUCAACCAACCCGUGAUUAUGUCACUUGGUUGGACUCAAAUUUAGAUGUGGCUAAUAGGGUUGAUGCAAAUGUGGUCACAAAGACUGAAACAAUGACGAUAGGGGAGCUAUUCUCCUAUAUCAAGCAGGAAGCAGCAAAGGUUACUUGGUUUGAGUGCACAGCAACUGUUGAUGCUGUUUUCCACGGUUCUCCUUGGUAUUAUAUUGGCUGCGGUGUGUGCCAUACUAAGGCAAUCAAAGGGCCUACAUCACUCAUGUGCAAGAAAUGUGGAAAACAUGAAGUAGAUGGUGUUCCACAGUACCUCACAAAGCUGUCUGUUUAUGACAACAAUGACCAUGCGGUUUUUGUUAUCCUUGGUGAAGCUGGGCGUGAGCUGACUGGGAAACAAGCAUCUGAGUUGGUUGAGAGCUACUUUGAGGCCAAUGAGAGCAUGGGCGAUGAUCACUUAAUCCCGGUGCCACAGACCUUGGUUGAUACCAUCGGACGGACAUACAGGUUCAUUGUCAAGGUAUCAGAUCGCAAUAUUAAAGGCGAGAUACACACUCUGACUGUCACAAAAGUACUCCCUCUUGAUGUUCCUGAACCUGUAAAAGCUUUGGUAGAAACUGUCUCUGAGGAACCUGUGGAUGGGAGGGUGAAGAGAGGUUCUGAAAUGGUUGAAUCAGGUGAAGCCAAACGUGCUAAGUCUGGCAAUUAGAUCUCCAGUUAUACUCUCACAUGUUGGGAGAAUAUGUUGCGGAUUAAGUACUGGUUUUCAUUUUAUUUAAAGACUAUUUUGUGUUUUAUUUUCAUACUUUGGCUUUCAACAUUUGAGCUAUCUUGGCUCUGGACUAUUUUGAUUUUAUUUACCUUUUGCUUAUUUUUGAACUUAUGUUUAUCACUGAUCAUUACUAAAUGAUAUUGACUUUCGUCCAUGUUUUAUUUAUUUACAUGCAAAUUAA